AUGGCGCUCCCUCCAAGUUCGCUUGAAGAAGCAGAGUACCUGACUGAAAAGAUUGCUGAGCAUAAGGGUGCACCGUUAGCGAUCCAGGAUUUGCUCGUGCCCAGUACAUCCAAUAAUGUGACAGCACUCGUGUUUGGGACGCGGUAUCCGUUCGAGGAUACCCGAAGAGAGUUCCUGGACGAUCGACUCAAAAAGUUGUCGAGGUUCGUCGGUGCCAGAAGACUGAGCCUUCUUCUGCCUAGGUGGAUGAACCAGCUGGCAGCAAAAAUACCAGUCCUGAAAAAUAACCUCGCUGGACCAAUUCUCGAUGAGCUACUCGCUUUUUUCAGACGCGAAAUACGAGAACAUGAAGCAACUUUGGACGAGCCAGCGAUCGGGACUUCAUGACGCCUACCUGAAGAAAAUAAGAGAGAAU